AUGAAGUUGGCAAGGGAAAAGUGGGUGAUGGUCAGCGGCUUACGGCCAGAGCGACGACCAGCUCGAGCGUCUAGCCCAACCAUGAUUUCCGGGUCGUUCUCACGCACGAUUUCGCCGAAGAAACUCCCAAGAGGGCUCUCGGAUUAUAGAAUCUGUGCAGGUUUUAAUUGCAUCCACCUACCCAUCACAGUGGCUCGCCGUGCAACUCUGGGAAAUGGAGACCAGGAUGCGAUACCGGAUGAAAGUACCGACACAAUCUGGACGAUUAGGGGCGGAUACGAAGAAACACUGGAAAGAAUAGCCGGCGCCUUUCUAUUCUCGACUGCCAGAGCCGCCGAGCCCUUCUUCACAAAGGAGAUUGUUAAGAGGGUUAUUCAAAAUGAUGUUCCCAAUGGGCAGUUUAUAAUAGGGUUUGAUAAACUGACACCAUGGAUCGGUAAACAUAUCCAGAUGAAACAAUAUUUUCGAUUGAUCACCUGCGAGCCGGCGAAUCGGUGA